ACAUCUUCAGUUACAAAAUGCUGCUAAUACCUGUCCACCUGGGCAUGCACUGGUGUCUGGCAACCAUCGACUUCCGGGACAAAGCUGUCCGAUAUUACGACUCCAUGCUGGGCAACAACGACCUUUGUUUAGAAUCUCUUCUGGAAUACUUAAUGUCUGAGCAUCUGGACAAGAAGUCUUCUCAGUAUGACACUAGCAAGUGGAAGACUGAGAAUGUUAAGUCUAUACCACAGCAGAUGAAUGGAUCAGACUGUGGAAUGUUUACCUGCAAGUUUGCCGAGUACCUGUCACGCAACGUUCCCAUCACCUUUGAACAACAGAAUAUGCCGUACUUUAGAAGAAGAAUGGUAUACGAAAUUGUUACAGGGCAUUUGCUGUAAUAAGCAGUUACAUGUUUAAUAUAAGAGAGAGUAACAAUUUUGAUAACGCACAUUGUUAGACACUAGCCCUGAUUUUUAGAGUGAUGGACUUGUGAAUGAUCAUACUAAAUGCAAGUCUGCCAAUACAGUUUAUUACUUGAUUCACAAUCAUGUUGUCUCAAUGAGAUGGUCUUACAGCUGUAAAUAAUGAGAAGAGCAUCAUACAUUGUAUAAUAAUCAUGGAUAAGUGUAGAGCACACAGUACUAAGCCCAUAAAAGACAGUUCUGAGCAUGCAUUAAUUUUCCCGUUCAUUACUACUAUAAGACCACAUCACACGAAGAUGAUUAUGAAACAAUUAUUUAGUUGAUGUAUAAUUAGGAAAAUAAACGAAUGUUGUUAAACAUGUUU